UAUCAGCAAUCGUUUCCUGUACUCCAUAGGAUGCACACGAACUUCGCAGUUUAUUAUACAUGUAUACAUUCCCAACUUAAACAAAGAAACAGUACCGAAUAAUAAUUAUAUAAGCAACAGACACAAAUAAAUCCGAAAAUAAAACAAAAAAAAAAUGGUAAAAUGUGCGGUGAAAAGUUGCAAGUUCCGGGCAGAGAAAGAUGAAAAACUAACGGGGGUUUCUUUUCACAAGGUACCCAAAGACCAGAAGCGCAGAGAGGAAUGGAUAAAGAUCAUAAGGUUGCUGCGGCAGGAGGCCGACUGGCUACCAUCAGCAGCCACCGUUGUCUGCUCCAAACACGUCCAGGAGGUCGUCAAAGAGAAAGAGGAACCAACAAUUUGUAAUGCGGUGUAAUCACUUUCCAAAUAUAUUUUUGCCAUUAA